AUGUCAAGCUCCUGUGACACGCUGCAGUUUACUUUUCCCCACUAUGGAGACUCCAUCCUUUGCAAAAUCAAUCUUCUGAGAGAAGAGCAUCACUUCUGUGAUAUUACGCUCAUCCUUGGGAAUCCAGAUGGCUCCACUGCCCAGCCUCUCCGUUUCCACGGUCACAAAGUGGUGCUUGCAGCAUCCUCAGACUUCCUACGCGAUCAAUUCCGUCUCCAUGAAGGACAGGCAGAGCUGAACGUGGGUGUAGUUUCCAGUGUGAGAAUUGCCAAGUCAUUGCUCCUGUCCUGCUACACCGGGCUCUUAGAGGUCCCUUUGAAAGAGUUGGUGAACUACCUGACUGCAUCCAGUGCACUCCAGAUGAGCCAGGUGGUGGAGAAAUGUGUCCAAGCCAUCUCCCAGUACCUCAGUCCUACCCCAGCUUUCUUUAAACUGGAGAUACACUGCACGGGUGAAGAAAGCCAGCAGCUAAACAGCAGCUGGAAAAGUUCCAACUUUGAAAAUCAGAGUGAAAAGGUUGUAGUCCAACCUAGUGCCAAGAUCUGGGAAGCAAAUAAUCAGGCAGGGAGAACGGUUAAAAGUCAGCCCGACCUGAAAACCAGUCAAGAAGAAUGUGAGGCAGUCAGUCAAGAACUGAAAGUGAUCAGAAAAGACGCUAUGGUGGUAAAGGUGAAAAAGGAGUUAUCUGAAACAUUCCGUAUUGACAGCUUCAAGUCAGAGGAAUGUGAAGACUUUAAGCCUUUUCCCAACCCAUCACAUCAUGUUCACCACACUUCAACUUCUCUUAAUUGUAAGCUACAUCCUCCUGCAGAAGUCCAACACUUUGUUUCAUCCAUAGCCCCCAAAAUCAGAAAUCCUGAAGAUCAUGAAGUUGUAACGGAAACUCCCCCGGAACAACACGAACAAGCAGCUGAUGACCCAACAGAAGAUGGAAAUCUGUGCACACUGGUUCACCAGUUCCAACAAGGCAGAGAGCUGAUGGACUCCAAGCAAUCUGGCCACUCAGGAGCAGGUAUGUCAAAGAACCAUAUGAUAGCAGAAGAUGCUGUAAGACAUCCAAAGAACGAAUUGGUCCAGAGGCCUUACCUUUGCAGAAAGUGUGACAGACUCUUUCAGCACCUGGAGAACUAUGAGGGCCACUUGAAGGAACACAGACAAUACUUCUGUUUGGUCUGUGGGGAAGCAUUUUUUCAUAAGACCAAACUAAUUCACCACAUAAACAUCCACAACAGCACCAAGCCCUUCAGAUGUCCACUGUGCCACCAGAUGUUCACCCAGAAAGCCCUGCUGCAGGACCACCUCCACCUGCACACGGGGCAGGAGCCUCAUAAGUGGGAUCAGCACCUUGCUCUCAAGUCCAGCCUCGCAGGCCACGUGAGCGAGUGGUAG